AUGAAGCUUGUGAUAUGGCCAAAAGUAUUGACCAUAUCUACUUGUGAGGUGAAUGAAGCUCUGAAGGGCAUUCUGAAAGGGGUGUCCUCUCCUUAUCCCCGUCCUCCAGCACCGUCGAAUGAGGGAAACGGCGAAGCUAAUGGCAACGGCAAGAACGGUGGGAAGUCAAAGGGAAACGACGAAGCCAAUGGCGACGGGAAGGGCAAUUCUGGGAAGUCCAACAGUGACGAAACAUCACACAACAAAUCCAACGCCAAGAACGGUAGUGGGAACUCCAACGGCAAGAAUGGUGGGAAGUUGGAUGGAAACGGCGGAGCCAACGGUGACAGGGCAGCAAACGGUGGAAAUAGGGAUCUGCCGAAACUAGAACUGUACGAUGACUUUUCUGCAGAUUUUUGA